AUGGAAACUGUGAAAUACUAUGUGAAUUUCAUAGAUCCUCACUGGAUUACCGUAGUAGCAACUGGUUUAUAUACUCAUUUGCGACAAAUCUGCAUAAUUGGUCUCUGUUUUGAGGACAACGCUUUGCCUUUUGAUCCAUCAUAUGCGUCAGUAUUAUUUGUGUUCUCAGUUUUGUGCUUAUUAGCAGAAUAUAGACUGUGGCCUAUAACUCUUAAAGAACCACCAAUCCAGCUAUUAUAUAUUUACGAAAUGUUAAUAGCUGCAUUAAGCACGAAUUUAGCAAUCCAAAUAGUAUGGAUACCAAUGAUGCAUGCAAUUUUCUGUCUAACUCAAGAAUCUAGUAAGUGGUUGUUAUGGUUGAAUAGUACUAUGGGUCUGGAUAGUUAUUCUUGGUUAACUUUCUUUGCGGAUUACAUGGCUAGAGACUAUGCAGCCACGUACAUGGCAUUUUGCAUGUCAUUAUUGUCGUUUGUGUGGAUGCUAGACGCCACCGAAUCACUGGACACGUUUCUGGAUACGUGGAGCAAGUAG